AUGGACACCAAAGCGUUUUGGUUACACAACGGUGGGAAGGCUACUUGGUUUGACUGUCAUCGUCGGUUCUUGCCUACUGAUCAUCCGUUUAGAAGAAAUAAAAAUGCUUUUGUUCAUGGUGAGACCGAGACUCGUGAUCCACCAGAUUAUUUGACAUCCCGACAAGUCUUGAACAAAGUGAAAGAUAUUCCAAAGGUUGAGGUUGUAGGUGGUGUUGCCUCUAAACCGCGUGGUUAUGGACAAACGCACAACUGGACAAAAAGAAGAAAAACGAAAGAUAAUGACAACGCGAGGAGAGACAUAGAGUUAUAUUGCAAACGUAACGAACUGUUGUUGGUGGAGACAUCUAACGGUAAACUUCUUAAACCUCGUGCAAACUAUACUUUAUCUCCUGACGAAACAAAAUCUGUUUGUCGAUGGGUAAAAGAAGUGAAGAUGCCAGACGGUUAUUCGUUGAAUUUGGCGAGAUGCGCUGAUGUUGACCACGGAAGGAUGCGUGGGAUGAAAAGUCAUGAUUGUCAUGUUUUUUUCCAGACUUUACUUCCGAUUGCAUUUAGUUCUUUACCCCAACAUGUAUUGAAUCCGCUUAUUAAAAUCAGUCAAUUUUUCAAGAAUUUGUGUUCGACAACGCUAAGAGAGGCUGAUCUCAUCAAGAUGGAAAAUGACAUUCCACUGAUCUUGUGUAAGUUGGAGAGAAUAUUUCCUCCUGCCUUGUUUGAUUCUAUGGAGCAUGUUGUGGUGCAUCUUGCAUACGAGGCUAGACUUGGUGGGCCGGUUCAAUAUAGAUGGAUGUACCCGUUCGAAAGGUUCAUGGGUUAUGCAAAACGUGCCGUGAAAAACAAAGCUAGGGUCGAAGGCUCAAUUUGUGCAACAUACUUACACCGCGAAACAAUUUACUUUUGUUCGCAUUACUUCAAAGACACGUUGUCAUCAAGCCAUAUUCGCAAUGAAACUGAAACAUCUCGGCCUGUGAGAAUUCACCCAUUAAACAUGUCAAUAUUCAGCUUGCCUGGUCAAUAUUCGGCGCAUGUUCACUUGCUGAUUAAUUGCAAUGAAGUCGAGCCAUAUUUACAGAUGUUUUUAACACAACAUACUUCUGCUCAAAUCAAUUCGCAAUUUCCAGCAUGGUUCAAAGAAUACAUGUACCAACAAACACCCGCAACUCGUAUCAUACAACACUUGAGAAACUUAUCUGAUGGCCCAAAGUCAACCGUUAAACAAUGGCACACCUACUUUGUCAAUGGUUACAGAUUUGAGACACACAGUUGGAGUGAAGGAAAAACAACAGUAAACAGUGGAGUGUGUAUGAAAGGUGUGACUGAAAAUGGUGAAGGAGAUUUUUACGGUGUCAUUGAGAACAUAUUUGAAAUCGAAUACAAUUACCUUGAUUACAAGAAAACAGUCGUGUUGUUUUACUGUAAAUGGUUUGAUCCUUCAAAUAGAGGUACCAGAUAUGAUUCAAAGACUAAUACCGUGGACAUAAAAAUGAACAAACAUUAUUCAUUGUAUGAUCCGUUUGCUAUGGCUCAUAACGUCAGACAAGUUCACUAUGUCCCUUAUCCAUCGACUACAAGGGAUAAGCGAGGUUGGUGUGCCGCAAUAACAUCAAAACCAAGGGGUCUGAUUGAAAAAAAUGAGAUAGAUGAACGUGAAGAUGAACCAUAUCAGGAAGAUGAGAUGUCCAAUGUUGAUGAUGUCAUUGCAGUUGAAACUUUUAAUCAACUUUGUGUACAAGAAGAAGCCGAAGAAGUACCUUCUGAUGGUGAUGUUGAUGAAGAGGACGUCGAAGCUAAUGGUGAUGAUGAAGGCAGUGAUGAUGAAGAUGUAUCAGAUUGGGAUGACAAUUAAUUUUAUAAUAUAGUUAUCCGCGUUGUAAUAAUAUUAAUCGUUGUACUUGAAUAUUUG